GCCGCCCCCCGGUGCCUGGGCCGGGGAUGGGGAACGUGGAGAGCGCGGACGGGGAGGCACUGCCCCGGGGCCCCGGAACGGCGGCAGGCCACCCGGGGGGGCCCGGACUGUUCGCCCCGGGCAAGAUGCCGAUGCCGGAGCCCUGCGAGCUGGAGGAGCGCUUCGCGCUGGUGCUGAGCUCCAUGAACCUGCCCCCGGACAAAGCCCGGCUCCUGCGCCAGUACGACAACGAGAAGAAGUGGGACCUCAUCUGUGACCAGGAGCGGUUCCAGGUGAAGAGCCCCCCCCACGCCUACAUCCAGAAACUGCGCAGCUUCCUGGAGCCAGGUGUCACUCGGAAGAAGUUCAGGAGGAGGGUUCAGGAGUCGACCAAAGUGCUACGUGAGCUGGAGAUCAGCCUGAGGACGAACCACAUCGGGUGGGUGCGGGAGUUCCUCAACAACGAGAACAAGGGGCUGGACGUGCUGGUGAACUACCUGUCCUUCGCCCAGUGCGCCGUCAUGUUGGAUUUUGAGGGCCUGGAAGGCGGCGAGGACGGCGCGCUGGAGAAGCUGCGCGCCUGGAGCAGGUCCAUCGAGGAUCUGCAGCACCCCAGCGCCCUGCCCGCCCCCUUCGCCAGCAGCCUGGCCCGCUCGGCCCGCCAGACCGCCCUACGCUACGGGACCCUGCCCAGCCGCCGGGCGCUGAAGAACUCGCGCCUGGUGAGCCAGAAGGACGACGUCCACCUCUGCAUCAUGUGCCUCCGGGCCAUCAUGAACUACCAGUACGGCUUCAACCUGGUCAUGUCCCACCCUCACGCCGUCAACGAGAUCGCCCUGAGCCUCAAUAACAAGAACCCGAGGAUGAAGGCGCUGGUGCUGGAGCUGCUGGCGGCCGUGUGCCUGGUCAGGGGGGGCCACGAGAUCAUCCUCGCGGCCUUCGACAACUUCAAGGAGGUGUGCAAGGAGAAGCAUCGCUUCGAGCGGCUCAUGGAAUACUUCCGCAACGAGGACAGCAGCAUCGACUUCAUGGUGGCCUGUAUGCAGUUCAUCAACAUCGUGGUGCACUCGGUGGAGGACAUGAACUUCCGCGUCCACCUCCAGUACGAGUUCACCAAGCUGGGGCUGGAGGAGUUCCUGCAGAAGUCGAGGCACACGGAGAGCGAGAAGCUGCAGGUGCAGAUCCAGGCGUACCUGGACAACGUUUUCGACGUGGGGGGGCUGCUGGAGGACGCCGAGACCAAGAACGUGGCCCUGGAGAAGGUGGAGGAGCUGGAGGAACACCUGUCCCACCUAACGGAGAAGCUGCUGGACCUGGAGAACGAGAACAUGAUGCGGGUGGCGGAGCUGGAGAAGCAGCUGCUGCAGCGGGAGAAGGAGCUGGAGGUGGUCAAAGAGACCUACGAGCACACGAGCCACCAGGUGCACACGCUGCGGCGGAUGAUCAAGGAGAAGGACGAGGCUUUCCGGCGCCGCUACGGCUCCGAACCGCCCCCCGUGCCCGGCGCAGAGUCCCCCCCCCAGCCCGAGCCCGAGCCCCUGGAGGAGACCCUGCGGCUCCCACCCCAGGAGGGGACCCUGCGGCUCCCAGUCCUGCCCCCCGUGGAGGCCGCGCCCCCUCCACCCCCCCCACCGCCCCCCCUUCCGCCCCCCGCGCCCCCACUCCCAGGGAAGUGCCCCCCGGCCCCGCCGCUGCCCGGGGCUUCGCCCUCCAUCGCCCUCACCGUCGGGCUCUCGGCCAUCCGGAUCAAGAAGCCCAUCAAGACCAAAUUCCGGUUGCCCGUGUUCAACUGGACGGCGCUGAAGCCCAACCAGAUCAGCGGGACCGUGUUCAGCGAGCUGGACGACGAGCGGGUGCUGGAGGACCUGGACCUGGAGCGCUUCGAGGAGCUGUUCAAGACCAAGGCGCAGGGCCCGGCGCUGGACCUGGUGUGUGCCAAGAGCAAGGCGGCGCAGAAAGUGGCCACCAAGGUGACGCUGCUGGAGGCCAACCGUGCCAAGAACUUGGCCAUCACCCUGCGCAAGGCCGGGCGCGGCGCCGACGAGAUCUGCCGGGCCAUCCACACGUUCGACCUGGCGACGCUGCCGGUGGAUUUCGUGGAGUGCCUGAUGCGGUUCCUGCCCACGGAGGCCGAGGCCAAGGCGCUGCGUCAGUACGAGCGCGAGCGGAAGCCGCUGGAGGAGCUGGCGGACGAGGACCGGUUCAUGCUGCAGUUCAGCAAGGUGGAGAGGCUGCCCCAGCGCAUGGCCAUCAUGGCCUUCCUCGGCAACUUCGCCGAGAACAUCCAGAUGCUGACGCCGCAGCUCAACGCCAUCAUCGCGGCCUCGGCCUCCGUCAAGUCCUCCCAGAAGCUGAAGCACAUGUUGGAGAUCAUCUUGGCGCUGGGCAACUACAUGAACAGCAGCAAACGCGGCGCCGUCUACGGCUUCAAACUGCAGAGCCUGGACCUGCUCCUGGACACCAAGUCGACGGACAGGAAGAUGACGCUGCUGCACUUCAUCGCGCUGACGGUGCGGGAGAAGUACCCGGAGCUGGCGACCUUCUGGCAGGAGCUGCACUUCGUGGAGAAGGCGGCGGCAGUGUCCCUGGAGAACGUGCUGCUGGACGUGAAGGAGCUGGGCCGGGGGGACGCCUACAACACCGUGGUGCGGUACUUCGGCGAGAGCCCCAAGACGACCCCCCCGUCCGUCUUCUUCCCGGUCUUUGUCCGGUUCAUCCGCUCCUACAAGGACGCGGAGCAGGAGAACGAGACGCGGAAGAAGCAGGAGGAGGUGAUGCGGGAGAAGCUGCUGGCGCAGGAGGCUAAAAAGCAGGAGAAGCGCAACAAGUGGCAGCAGCAGGAGCUGAUCGCGGAGCUGCGGCGGCGCCAGGCCAAGGACCACCGGCCCGUGUACGAGGGCAAGGACGGCACCAUCGAGGACAUCAUCACUGCGCUGAAGAGCGUCCCCUUCACCGCCCGCACGGCCAAGCGGGGCUCCCGCUUCUUCUGCGACCCGUCCCACCACGACGAGUCCAGCUGUUAGUCCCCAGCCCGCAGGUGCAUCCGCCUGUAGCCAGGAGAGGUCGAGGACCCGGCUGGGGGCAGGGGGGGCUGGGGCUGCCUCAGUUUCCCCUCCUCACCCCCCUCUGCCCUGCAGGUGCCCGGGGAGGCUCUGUCCUGUCCCGACACCAUGCAGGGGUUGGGGGGGAAUGUCCUCGUGCCACCGUCCUCGCGGGUGACACCCCCGUCCCUGCGCCCGGACCACCCCCAGACCACCCAAGACAGAGGCCAAAUCCAGCUGUGGUGGGACCCCAGCACUGAGGGCUGACCCGUGGGGUGCCCUCUUCCAGUCGGGGUCCCCUCAUCCCUGGGGUGGGAGGGUGUCACUGCCCCCACCCCACCACAGGGACCACAGGGACCCCCUCACCCCGCGCUCGACACUUUGACCACUGAUGUGAACACUAAGUGCCAAAAAAAAGGGACCAAAGCCAGGCUGGGGGGGGGUGUGGGGGGAGUGGCAGGAUAGUGCCCACUGUCCCAGGACCCCCCCCAGACCCACCCCCUCGCCCCCCAGUGACUUUUUGUACAUGUGAAAUAUAUGGAGUCUUUU